UUCCAUCCUCUACGUUUCAUUGUUUUAAGGUAGAGAUUGACUAAAUUGGCAACAAUAGUUGAUUUAGUUUCUAGUAGUAAAGCUAAGUUGGCAGUCUCAGUUAUUGAAGGUUAAUAUGGCAGCCCCCGGACGAGUUGCACUGAAACAAGCAGUUGACAGGAACAGCCUGUUGUAUAAACUUAGGAGAUGGUGUUAUUAUAAAUCAUAUUUCCCUGAACUCGGUUUGAGGAAAGAUGACGUCCUUUUAGAGACACCCUACACUGGACCUAUCAUUCAGGAAGCUUUGAAGAGGAUACCAAAGGAAGAAUUUGAUGCUCGCAAUUUUCGUAUUCUUAGGGCCAAUCAGUUAUCCAUGAUGAAGACAGUUCUUCCCAAAGAUCAGUGGACAGUUUAUGAAGAGGAUGUGCCCUACCUCUGGCCCCAUAUUGAAGAAGUCAUGCGAGAAAAUGCGGAGAGACGGCAGUGGGAUUCAGCAUAGACAUAGUGCAGCCCUUUGUGAUAUUUGCCUUUUAGUAACAUUUUUUUUUGGUUAAUAUGUUAUCUUAUUACAUUAGAUUUUAUUUAUAUUUGAAUGCAGUAGCCAAAGUUAAGAAAUUAAGUAACACCUUUCAUUAUAACCAUACCUACUCAAUAAAAUAUAUCAGAUGACUGUUCAACUCA